GCAAGAAAUAAAAUCCACCACCUACAAAAAACUUCCGCGAAAGAUAGAUUGACGUCAAAGCUAUUGAUCGGUAGCUCGAGGGUAGGUAAUGUCUCAUAUGUUGGCAAGAUAUAUACGAAAGCUGUACUAAAGUGACGAUCCGAGCUAUCUCUUGAAUGAUCCUUUGACAUACCGCGACUACUUCGAAAGUUUGAUAUGGCACAAUGUCAUAGCCAAACUUUCAUCAGACAGCCACCUCGCUCAUUCAUUCCAGUGUUGAAUUUAACAACUUCCAUCUAAGCUCAAAACUUUCUUGAGUCCCGUGCGAACAAUAAACGCCCCUGAACACUAUUUUGUGCGAGAGAGAACGGUUCAAAUCCGAAUGUCCGGUGAAACAGCAACCGCAUCUCCCGCUGAUAUGCUGUGGUACUUUCUGUUCCAAGCACCACCUAACUCUUGAUCAUCAUCUCGCAUCUGUACUGGGAAUGAGAUUAUCUACUCAAUCAGUCAUUUUCAAAAAGAAACAUAUCUUUUGACAGGUUUCAGGGACGGUGAGAUUAUGGCACGCAGAUAUAUUGAGAGAUUCCUUCCAGUGAAGGUAUGCCAUCUAAGCCAGCUAUUUCUUUUGGCUAGGCUCAAAAUGGGAUCGUGAACUAUUUCUGAGAUGCGGAAUCUUGAGUACUUUAAAAGAAUCCCUACUUUGGAUUUCCCAGUUCACACAAGACUUCUGCGCGAAAUUUUGACAGCUUCAAGUAAAGGUCAAAAUGGUUUGAAUCUUUGACUUAUCUGCGAUUUUGAUCUCGAUUAAACCUCUGUCCAUGCAAUAUAAUUGAUAGCAAGAAGGUUACAACUUGCUUGUUUUGUUGAAGAUUGACAAGGUUUCUCCGUUUAAGUACCUAGUUACUUCCAAAUUCUGAGAUUUUCAGACCAUUUCUCCUGUCAAAUCCACUCAGCACCUGUUCUAUCCUUCCUGUCUUUCGUCCUUCUUUUCGACCUUGGUUCUUAAUAGGAAUCCUUCAAUCUUCCACGGAAUACCGAAAACAUAUGGCAAUGGAAAAGGAAUCGGAACUCAUUAACAGGGACAACGUGAACGAAGGAGUUUUUGAAUUAUCCUCUCCAGCGUCCCCAAUUCCCAUAUCGCACUCUCCAGAAGAAUAUCGGAAGUUGAUCUGGAAAAUUGAUCUUCAUGUUUUGCCAGCUUUGUUUUCUCUUUGGAUAGUCUCCGUCGUUGAUCGAGGGAACAUUGGAAGCGCAAACAUCUUCGGCAUUCAAGAGGAUCUUCAUAUGAAAGGGAACGACUUCAACAUAGCCCUCCUCAUCGUCGUCAUUUGUUUUAUUGUCUUCGAUAUUCCGUGCAAUGCAUUACUAAAAGCUAGCACGCCGCAAAUCGUUCUUACUGGCGAAAUCUUCCUUCUAGGAAUCGUAGCUAUUGGAGAGGGGCUUGUCACAAGUGUCGCAGGGUUCUAUGCCAUGCGUUUCUUUGUGGGGUUAUUUGAAGCAGGACUCAUACCAGGAAGUGUCUAUAUCUUGAGUCAGUAUUAUCCUCGGUAUGAAAUGCAAUGGAGAUUAGGUAUGUUGAUGGUUGGCAAUGCCCUUGGAACCGCAUUUUCUGGACUACUUGCAUUUGCUAUUGCUGGUAUCAAUAAUGACAAUGGGUAUAAUGGCUGGAGAUGGAUUUUCAUUAUUGAAGGGUGUAUGACUGUUGCAGUGGCGGUUAUUGCCUACCCAUUCAUGCCAACUUGGCCGCAUCAGGCAAAAUGGAUGUCCGAUGAUGAAAAGACUUUGCUCGUCAGUGCAAUCAAGAAAGGGGUUGUUGAACCAAAGGGCGAGAAGCUGGACAUGCACAGACUUAUUGAGGUAUUAAAAGACUGGAAGAUAUACAUAUUUGGCAUAAUUCUCGCAUUUACAAUUAUGACGUCCGCUAGCGUCGGGAUAUUUAUACCAACUAUUGUUUCUGGCAUAUCUGCUCAUCAGGAUCCUCGCCACGUACAAGUUCUCUGUAUUCCAGUUUUUGUUGCAGCGGCAGUAUCUUCAUUUGCAUUUUCAUUCUUAUCAGACUAUUUCAAACAUCGUACAGGAUUCGCUAUUUUUGGAUACGUUAUGAUCAUAGCUGGUGCCAUAGUCUUACUUAAUCAAGAGCAUGUCCAUGCCCAUACCAGAUAUGGAGCGGUCUAUCUCCUGGCUUGUGGAAUUUACAUUGCUGUACCGAUAAUAUGGACAAUUCUACCAAACAACGUUGCUGGAACGUACAAGACGGGAAUUGCGAUAGCAAUUCAGGUCAGCAUUGGAAAUUUGGGGGGUGUAGCUUCAACUCUUUGCUUUGCAAGUACUAAGGCACCAUAUUUCGUCUUGGGAUAUACAACUAUUGUGUGGAUGACCUGUUGUGCUGCGGGUCUUUUAUUUAUCUGCAUGUUCUUCUUGUGGAUAGAGAAUAGGGCUAGAGAAGCUGGUAAAAGAGAUUAUCUAUUAGAGAGAGAGAAUGCCGACAAGCUGGGAGAUAGACACCCUUCCUUCAGAUAUACUUAUUAAUUGCUUGCUUUAUGUAAAGUAAUCAGCGCUACUGAAAUAGCAAGUAAUACUUUAAAAUUUAUAUGGUGAAAAGGUUUUUUAGGGUCA